AUGGCGUCUUCAUUUAAGAUGGAGUCAUGUACUUUGUUGCAAGACCAUCUAGAUGCAUUCAAUAAACUUGUGAUGGAUUUACAUAUUGCGGAAUUAAGAAGGAUGAGAAGACGCUUGCAUUUUGAAGGAGAAAAAGAUGAUGAAACUAGUGGACUCUUUAUAAGAGGUCAUACUAGCCAACAGGGAAGGAGCAAAGCAAAGCACAGAUCAAAAUCUCUUGUAAAUAAGAAGAAUGCGAAGUGUUGGGGCUGUCACAAGAAGGUUCGCUACCAUGAUGGAAACAUGAGGACUAUUACAGAAGUCCAUCAUGUUCCUGAUCUAAAGAAGAAUUUAAUACCAUUAGGUACUUUAGAUAAUCAAGGCUACAAGUAUAUGAGCGAGAGAGGUACAAUGAAGGUUGCUAAAGUUAGUAGAGAUGUUACCUUUGAUAAAUCCUCUAUACUUGAUCCUCGUAAAGUUUCUGUGGAGUUAUCAAGAAAUAAGAACAACGAGCAGAUGGAGCUACCGGUGGAGCAUACCAAGGAAAAAGAUCAAGAUACUCAAGUUAAUGAGUCAAAAGAUGCAGAUCUUGAAGAACAUACUGUCAAUAAACCAUACACAAUUACAAAAAAAGGGGACAAAAGGCAAAUAUGGAAACCAGAACAUCUUAUAGACCAAGCAAAUAUGAUUGUAUACGCAUUUGUAGUUGCAGAAGAAGAGAUUAAAGACUUCAAGCCCUCUUCGCCAAAGGGGAAGAAGACAGUUGGAUGCAAAUGGAUCUAUAGAAAGAAAAAAGGUAUUCCAGAAGUGAAAGAUGAGAAAGAAGGUAUUCCAGAAGUGGAAGAUGCCAGGUUCAAGAAGAUAUUGGUUGCAAAGGGUUUUAGUAAUAAGGAGGGAAUUGACUAUAAUGAGAUCUUCUCUCUAGUCGUGAAAUAUAGCUCAAUUCGCGUGCUACUAGCAUUGGUUGAACAAUUUGAUUUGGAGCUUCAACAGUUUGAUGUCAAAACUGCUUUCUUACACAGUGAUCUAGAAGAGACAAGCUAUAUGGAACAGCCAAAUGAAGAAGUCUUUGUAUGGUUUGAAAUAAUCUUCUAG